AUGGCUGAGGCAGCUGCACAUGUCCUUUUUGAUGAAUUUGGCCAACCUUUUAUUGUAGUCCGUGAUCAAGAGAAACAAAAAAGGCUUACUGGCAUUGAAGCUUUAAAAAACCAUAUACUGGCAGCACGAGGGGUUGCUUCUACCCUGAAAUCGUCGUUAGGUCCAAGAGGGUUAGACAAAAUGUUGGUCAGUGGCGAUGGCGAUGUAACAAUAACUAAUGAUGGUGCCACAAUUAUGGAGAAGAUGGACGUUCAACAUCAUGUAGCGCAAUUGAUGGUUGAACUUUCUAAAAGCCAAGAUGCGGAGAUAGGCGAUGGCACAACUGGUGUUGUAGGUAUGUUUAGCAGUUAA